AGAAUCUACUUGUACGAAAAUACUUCAACUUCUAUCUGCAUCUGGUAAGUGAAAGUGUAGGAUGUAAAUUAGAGUUGGGCAUCAUCGACUUCUUUGUCUUUGUCGUUCUUGAACACGGCCUAUUUGUAUGAUUAUUUAAGGCUGGUGCUGCAGCUGAGGAAGAGAUGCCGUUUUGCGAUGCGAGUCCGCGAUCCGAGGCAGGAGUGCCUGCUUUGCGGACUCUGAAACGGCCACUCGCGAACACAAAUAACCUGUGCGACGACGAUAAUGAGACUGAAGAAAACAGUGCUAACUACACUGCACCGCCGGGGGCGCUCAUCCACCCCAAAACUCUGGUCGACGUUGUGUACAGCGCCAAAGCUCCGGAUGGUCUUCCGCGAAUACUCUCGAUAGGGUCUGGCAACUGCUCGCUCGAACUUUCUCUCGCAAUGAAGCACUUGCCAAGUACGACGGGCGCGGACAUGAUGGAGCGUCACUGUUUGGACGUUUCCGUGCUGGAGCGGUCACGGGAGGAGUUCAAGUGGCAGUAUUCGAAAGAAGAUGGAGACUCCAAUAUCUGUGCACUUGAAGCCUUGGGACAAAAGGUUCUCUUUGGCGUUGAUGCCAGACGGCUGCGAGACACGCUGGAAGAAGCAGCAGAAACGCAAACUGGAAGGCCGACGGAACCCGAUCGCGGGAAGUUGCGAGCGGGAGAGCGAUUCUGCCUGUUCGAGGCCCACUCCGAAUCUGCGAAUGCAAGAAGCCGCCGGUUUGCAUAUACCGUCGUUUACUUCGCAAAUCCUUACCCAGCAAUCCAGCCCCCCAUUACCAAUUGGGGUAAAAAGGGGAAGAAGAACGGAAAAAAAGGUUGUGGAAAGCAUCCCGAGCACCCACAUAAGUACAUCUACGAAAUGAUGCCGAAAUUUUUUCGGGACUGCAAACUGAUUCUGUUUCCAGGCGGCUUCGUUUUGAUUACAAUGACGGAAACGCAGUUCAAAGCUACAGGAUUGAAGGAAUGCGCAGAACGGGAAGGAUUUGAGCUGGUGGCUGUCUUGAACUUCGAAUGGAAACAAGUGGAGCCGUAUUACAAACCAUCUUUUGGCGAUCGGCGGGCACAGAGGGAUAUAGCAGCCGAUAGCAAGGGCCAGGUAUAAUUAUGAGAUUCCAUUCCGUAGCUGUCCCUGUCCCCCUGCAUCAGUUCUCGCAUCAUGGCUUUGAUGAGGCCAUCAAUUUACUUGAUGUAGAGAUCGUUGCGCUUGCGAUAUGCAAUGAAUUAAUAUCUCUUGUUGCAAUUCAAUACAGGGUAAGGGUUCUAGUAACAGACGCGCGACGUUCGUCAGCGAGGCGGGAACGCGGACCUACCAAUUCAGGAUAAAGCACGAUUUUCAGGCGCAGACGCACGUCGCGCAAUCGGCGAAGCGAAGAAAAAUCGAAGUUGCAGCUUCGGUGUCCUCGUCCUCGUCAUUUGGUCGAAGUGCUGGUGGAGUAGUACCAACGGAAAAUAAUGCGUCGUCCGGGACGGAGGAUCUGGGUCUGGCUGGCGCGCCUAGUAUACGAAAGAUAUUCGGUGCGAACUUCGAUCCUGCUUCGUGCACGUUCGAAAGCGCAUUGAAAUUUCUGGUCGACAUGUUCCGAAACCAUGGUUGUACCGACGCGACAGUAUCGGAAGGACGGGAGAAGCUCAUCAAGUUUUUCACAGAGCACGUCAAGAAGAGGACAAGGAGCAACGCGGACAACAUCGAAGGGCUGCAGCUCGUCGGGACGACCAGCUCUGCUGCAGCUACUGCAAGGACGAAACACGAUGCAUCUCUAGCACUCUCCGAUUACAUUUGUGCGACAAUGUGGAGGAAGGGCUGGGACCGGGACGGCAGGGACUCUCCUGACAUCGCACAGAGCUGCUUGGUCCGCUUGCUGCACGGGAAACGGUGCAGAAGUAAAAACCCGAGCGACGCUUUUUCGAACGAGGUUUGGUGGACGUGUCCUGAGCUACCGGAGUUCGAUUUCUUCGUGAAGAAAACGUCGCAACUAGUUCGCCACAGCCCGCACGCACGACCGAGCUCCCCCAGACUGGCAGUGGGUGUUCGGAUCACGAAAAGUUCCAGCGACGAAAGCUUCGGUACAUGGUUUGUAAAAGACAGCGUUUCCUUGUCACCCGUCUUGCGGUAUGAUCCUGAGAUGAAACUGUCUUCGGGAUUUCCUUGGGGUUGUCUUUACAGCGAACCGUGAUGAUGAGGCUUGCGCAUAUCACGACUCUUGCGUUUCAUUUCCCAACGACUGGCAGCAGCAGAUAUUACAGUGCCAUCAAAUUUACAAACGUGGAAGAUGUUAUUUCCAAUAGAACCUUUGAAACACCAGGCAUCCAUGUUGAUGGAAUGCGGCAAACUCAGCAUAAAGCGACAUAUUCAACAUAAAAUUUUGACAAUCUCCACCGAUCACAGCAUUAGCAAUGCACCAAUCUUCCGAUGUGAAUGUCUCUUCAUCUUCGUGCUGGCUUCUUUGCACGAAAACCGAGGC